AUGAAGGGCAAGACCCCCGUCAUGGUGCUGUCUCAGCAGCAGCAGCAGCAGCAGCAGCAGCAGCAGCAACAACAACAGCAGCAACAGCAACAGCAACAGCAACAGCCUAAGUCCUUUAGUCGCACCUCCACUUCCUGCAAUCGGCAGCACUACGCCGCCUUCUCUCGCUCUUCCGCUUCCUCUUCCUCUUCCUCCUCCUCCUCCUCUCAAUUGCAGCGACAUCAAUUACAGCGCUCACCACAGCUUCGGAGGGCUAGCGGCGGUGCAGAGCGGAAGCAUCAAUGUUAUCAGCAGCAACAGUAUAAUUAUCACCUCAAUUUCGACCAGAAUUAUAGAGAGCCAGAGCAUCCUCACAAAGGGGUGUACGAUAACCAUAGUUAUCAUCGCAGUUUCUAUUGUAAUAAUAUCCGCCAGAACGGAAGACAGCCUCAUCGGACACCCACCAGCAACAACCAUAGAAACUCAAUCCAGUCUCGAACAGCGGCAGCGCCUGCUCUUGGGACUUCUACGACAACAUCAUCUUUGACGCAAAGGGAUGCACCUUUAGACCCUUCGAUAGCCCCUACGUUAGCCUCUGCUGCAGUAGCUGCUACUGCUACGGGCGCAGUAGUACCUUCUUCUAUUGCCCUCGCACCUCCUACUCCUGCCUCAUUGUCAAUGGCGAUCUCGUCAUUGUCGUCAUCCUCGCCAUUUUCUUCGACUGUAGACAUGCCCUCGUCUGCACCAUCUUUUGCCACCACUUCCUCUGUACCGGCAGUCACCCUGGUCGCUGUCUCAAGAGGGACAGGGGGCUCUGAAGCUCACAACAGCGACCCGGAACCAGCCUUGAGCGAUGUGCAGCAGUAUCUACAGAUGCAGCAACAUGUUAUCCAAUCCAACCGUCAGAGCCUGGCGCUUCAUCCAAGCGUGUCUAAUCAUAUUUCUGGAGAAAAAUCCCAAUUGGCUGUUGAGCUGCGUUUGAAUGCCCUGCGUCCUCCCCUUCCUCCUCCAGCCCUUCCUCUCGAGACGGAUAUGUCCUCUUCAAAUUCCAGCAUGCGUGAAGGCAGCGACUGCGACACCUUCGGGACCGAGGAAGAUGAAGAUAAGGCUCAUUUCCUAGGAGGGAGCGACUCGAACGACACGGAUUACUCGGCUGUGAACGAUUCCUUGGCACUGGACCGACGCUCGAGGCGGAAGCGGUCCAUGCAGAGACUCGUGGCCAAGAACAAGACCCUAAAGUCCUCGUUGGCCCAGGCAAAGGCGGAUUUGGCGGCCGAGAGACAUAGCCGGGCGAUGAUUGAUCAGAUUUAUCUCAAGAUCAAGAAGGAACUCAAUUCGAAACUGGAGACUGAGGAGAACAAGGUGGCGGAACUUAGGGCGGAGCUGGAGCAGAUGACGACGGAAAUGGAGGAAUUGAAGGCCAAGACCCAGAAUACGUCGUCGUACCGGAUCGGGUAUGAUAGCUCCAACUACUCCUUGUCGUCAGCACUUGGGGGAGGAUUGAUGCUGCAUCCUUCGAAUUUACUGGGAGGACAGGAUGAGGAAGACAAAUUCUUUUGUCCGUCUAGUAUCCAUGCUGGCAAGUCCAGGACCAACAAGGGAUCAAGCACAUCACCCUCCGUAUCGCCACCACCACCACCACCACCACCACCAACACCAUCCCAACAUGAAGACAGGGUCAAUAAUAAGGACAUGGACCAGGAUAGUAAUACCUCCUCGACAACUUUCCAGCAGGACAAAGAGAAAAAUCUGGAGCAUGGUGCAGUGGAAAAGGAAGACGAUGUGGAAAAGAAGGUCACCUUUUUGUCAGAGCCCCUCGAUAUCCCGGAACGCAUCCCGUCUUCUCUUCCGACAUCUAUCACCGAAUGUACGGAAGCUGGGGAAGAAUCAGAGGACGACGAUGACGACGAUGGCACUGACGAUGACGAUGAGGAGGAUGCGCCGUGUACCAUGAUGGAAAUGCUGAUCAAAAAGGAACAAUCACGCUCAAUGGAGGAUGAGGCUCAGGACCCACCAGCGGACGCCAAUGAAACGUUUGAUUCGAUGGCACACAAGUUUCUGUACCAGGCACUUCAUGCCAAAUUUACGCCAGCGCGGAUGAUUUUACAGCUGGAUGAUCUGUUAUUAAAGUACGAUGCUUCGCCGGAGGAGCUCGUCCUGGUCUUGGCUCAGGAAUCGAUGAAGUGGUGGGAGAACGAGCGCGUGGAAGCCGGAGGCCCAGCGACGGGAGGGUGGGGCACUAGUACGGUCCUGAUGGCGGAGGAUGGCAAUCAUGUGAGUGUCAAAGUCGCGGUGGAGACCAAGUUCAAGGCGAUCUAUGUGCCACUGCUGCUGAAUUAUGUGGCAUCGCAUCAGGAACAGACGAUGCUGCUGGAAAAAAUGGAGAUCACGGCCAACUCCUGCGACAAAUGGAAGCGCAACCAUGUGGCGCAGAUGAUGGCGUUGUACAAGUUUGAUGUGCUGGAUGCGCCAGCGAUCUUGGAAUGGUGGCGUCUUCUCAAGGAGUCCGAGGGAAUGUUUGGGCAUAGCCAAGGGCUUCGCAGCAUGAGCUCCAAAUUUGUCGCCUGGCUUGAGGACGAAGAGGAGGAUGACUCUGACGACGACUCCGAUGAUGACUCUGAGGAGGAUGAGGACGAGGACGAGGGAUCCGACUCAGAGGAUGAAAUCGAGUGCGAUUUCGACGACGACAACGAUAAUGAUGACGGACAGGGCAAGAUCGUGGGUCUGAAUUUCUUGGCACAGGAAGAGCUGAUGAGUCCACGGGACAUCCUUCAGUCGCUGGACGAGGAUCUGGCCAAGGCCCAGGCGAAGAAGGAGGAGCUUUUGGAGAUUGGGUCGGACGAUGAUGGGAUGGACGAUCAGGCCUCGACUACGUCUUCUCUGGAACGGAUCGAGGAAUGUGAACGCAAGCGUCGAAUCAGUUUCUGCACAAACAAUGUGUAUAUCCAUCAAGAUGGGCGUGUUCGUGUCGAUCAUGCCUCUUCAGCAAAAACGGAGGCUCAGGGACAAGGACAAGGGCAAGGGCAAGAGGCAAAGAAGCUGGAUCAGCAUCCGGCCAUGUCUAAUCUGGACGAAAGGCUGGAAGACGAAGACGAGGAAGAAGAAGGAGAAGGAGAAGAAGAAGAGAACGACGACGACGAUAAUGAUAACUAA